GUAACGUUCCUCUUUGGCCCACACACUGCACAGAACGAGGAGGAUGUUCAGACGAGGCGAUGGACGUCCCUGCAAACCAAAGAGUUCACUUAUCUCCACACGAUGCUGGCUGUCAUGAUCCUGUACUGUGACGUCUCCAAGUUCAGAACAAUCGAUCAAGGGGAUUAUCCACCGAGGCAGCGGACGUUGAUCAUUCCCACCAGUAAGCCGCUAGCCAUGCCCAGCGACAUGCAGCAGAUCCUCUUUGCCACGGAAGGCAUCAAGUACAUCCGGGAGGUCAUACUGAUGUUCCGUGAAGUACCCAAUGCAACCACUGCACUGCUGGACAUGCUGCUGCAUUGUUGCUACUGCAACGACACAUUCACCUUGUCCGUCAUGAUGAUGAUCCACGGUCAGGUGUCCUCGGCGCCCACCAAUGAGCUGAAGCACAUCUUGAUUCUCCUCCUGGAGCUGUUGAUGAUGGAGGACCCCCUGCAGGGCAAGCGCCUCAAGCUAGCCGUGGAAGGCAACAACAACAAUGGCCUCUUGGAGAUCAUCCGUAAAUGUACGUCCACGGACAGCCGUCGGUCCUACCAGUGCAUCAAAUUCCUGGUCCAUCUGUCCAACAAAUGCUCCAUGGCCAAAGAGUAUCUGAUGACCAUCUCGGUCCGGUGGCAGUGGGCGGUCAACUGGCUCAAGAAAAAGAUGAGCGAGCACUACUGGACGCCGCAGAACGUCUCCAACGAAUCCAGCACGGGACGGUCCUUCCAACGCACCAUGAGCGCUCAGGACACGCUGGCCGAAGCCACCGCUCUGUUGGAUGAGCUCAACACCCGUGACGACGACGGUGAACACAUCGAAAACGACGAAGAGGAGGAGGAGUACGUCGAGGGGGACUCCAACACCAAGAUGGAGGUCAACGGGUCGUCAGAGGGGUCAGAGGUCAACGGGAAUGAAGACAGCUCCGAGUCUUCCAAGACGCUGGUUCAGGACGACGUGGGCGACUUGGACGACAUUGAUACAUAACGUUUUUUUUUUCUGUUUCAGAAUUUGUAGCCAAUAGAAGAUGGUCCCUUACUCCCGAGGUCAUAAGUUAGAGGUUAUUACAGGUCAGGUCAUAGGAAACCAAGGGCCAGUUGC